AUGUCCCUGCGACUCUUAUUCCUCUGUGAUUUGAAGUUAGAGUCGAUUAUGAUUGGCGACCAUCUUGAGGACCUUGUUAUUGUCUCUCAGACGGUUCUGCACACAUUCCCAGCAUACAUAGCCGAGUUUAUUGGAACCUUCUUCUUGGUCUUCACUGUGGGGCUGAAUGUGAGCAUGCAGAACCCUAACGCCCCCCUGUCGAUUGGUUCGAUUCUGAUGGUUAUGAUAUUCUCCAUGGGAAGUGUGUCUGGUGCGCACUUCAAUCCAUCGGUAACCCUUGGUAUUGUCCUGGGCAAUCCUUCCAAGUUCACACUCACCGAUGCUCCUAUUUAUAUGAUCGUCCAGGUUCUUGGUGGCAUCGCCGGCGCGGGCAUCUCUUUCGCUUUGACUGGUGAUGAGAUAACGGUCAAACCGGGUGACCAGUUCUCGGUCUUCCUGGCCGCCUUGCCAGAAAUGAUAUUCACCAUGGCUCUCGCUUUCGUUGUUCUUAAUGUUGCGACCUCCAGAGAUGCUGGAAACCAUUAUUACGGUGUGGCAAUCGGCUUUACAGUGAUUUCUGCUGCAUACGCAAUCGGUCCGAUUUCGGGGGCUUACCUGAAUCCAGCUGUCACCCUUGGAGUCUUCGUCUUCAGCCAAGAAGAGAUCCAAAGCGUCGGUGUGUACAUCGUAGCCCAAAUCAUUGGGUCCUUGCUAGCUGCGCUGGCGUUCCGCGCUGUUCGUUUUUCGAGAAAAGCUGAGCCUACCAGCGAGGUGCAAGAGGAGGUCAACGAGUGCGGAGAGGGCUUGAGCCACCUGAGCAUCCGUUAG